AUGGAACAAACUUCCUUGUCUGAUAACUAUUGUGUGAUAGUAACGGCCCUAUUGCGCAUGCAUGGUGGUUCUCUGUUCGCCUUUUUCAUCUUGACGGCCAAUCCGUUGCAAAAGCCAGAGGAAUGUCGCGGAAAUACGUUUGCUUACUACAUGUAUUUCCUUCUGCUGAAAUUUGGUGACUGA